UGCAAGAAGGUCAUAAUCUUUGCAAUGGUGUCUCGUUUGUGUUGGGAUGUCGUAAUUCGUAAGGAAUAAAGCUGUAUUUAGUAUGUGAAUUGAGAAUUACUACGCUUCAUUGCAAUAUUUCCUCUAUAUGAUCUCUGCCAGUAUGGAUCACAAUGACUGCUGUUGAUAUCUUAGUCACUAAGGUGUCGGUUUCUAUGCAUUGCCUGCCAAAGAAGAAUUGAGCCCAAUGUUUCCAAACGAAUCUAGUUCAGAUGAGAUUUCCAAAACAGAUGCCUUCAUACAAAAUUUUAAGGAGGAUGUUGUAGAAACAAAUGGUGUGCCAGAACAGUUGGCAGAGUGGCAAUCUAUUGGCUUUGUCUUUAGCAACGAAGUCACAAGUGCGGCCACUUGCCUGUCCGCACAUCUCAGUUCCACAUUUCCUACCGACCAAGUGCCUGUUUCGAGGGACACAAUUGACUGCACCAAUGAGAGGGGGGAGCCAGUUAACAUGGCAGCUGAGACUGACUGUCCGAUAACAUCAUCGCUAUCACAACAUGCACAAAUGAAUACAAAAUGUGUGCGUACAACCAAACAGCAGCAAGCAGCACAACAGUGUGCAACAUCAGUGCCACUGUGUUGGCCUCCCCAAGGUACCCCGCCGGCAGCUAUGACAAUCUUAGCGGGAGACUGCGAGACAGGCAGCCUACAUCCAGGGGCAAAUGGAAGGGGCAUCAAACAAUUAAACAUGGGGUGUGAAUCCUGUGGCUGUACUCAUUACCACUCCAACCCCAGUUCCAAGUCUGAGGCCUUGUGCCAGGUGAGCCUAGGGAAAGCUGGAGGGAAGGCUGGAGCUGACCCAACCUCUUGUCUAUUCCCUAAGGCGAUAUUCUCAGCGUCUGUGAUAUCCAGCUCAAGUUGUGGCACCGCGGAGCCUCCGUCCCUUGCGACCAGCCACGGUGCAGAACAGGGCUUCAAUGCAAUGUUUGCCAGUCACCAUGGUUCUUCCAGCAGCAAUAGUCUGUCUAUUUGUGCACAAAGUCACACCACCAGCUUUACCACUACAACAACUACAAUGGAUGUGGAGCCCACCCAUGUCACUCAGGCCAAUGAAAAUCCAAAUACUAUUACUACAGUUAGCCAACAUGUUAUUAACCUUAGUAGCGUAGAGGCAGUGAGUGGUUCAUUUGUCGCUGACUGCGUUCCACGGGACAAUCUCCCAUCUCUAGACAAUGGACAAAGUGAGAUGAAAGCUGAACGAGUGGGGGAGGAAGUGAAAUUUACUACUGGUGCUCUUUCUGAUCAGGAUAAUGAUCUUAUUAAUGUUAAGAAUUUCCAAAAAACUGUCAGUUCCGGGGAAACUGUCGAGUCCCGGCAACUGGAGAAUCGAGAUGCCAACGACGACAGCAGCAAAGUAUGGAGUGUGACUCCAUUUCUCAACAUUCCUAAGUCGCAAGGUGAAGGGAUGACAGCAGGUAAUGACAAACCUUCCCUUGCGUCUGCCAUGAAUGCAACAGUCCAGGGUAAAAUUGACAGUAACCCACCACCAAGCUUUAAUAAUCUUUAUACUAGCAAUAAUGUUAAGAAUUGUGAAUGUUAUGCUUCGAAGCUCCUGCUUCACUGUGCAACUCAUCAGUACAAGUACUGUAAUGCUACAAAUGAAGGGCCCGCAACGAAUGCCCGGUGGGGAAUUCCUCCUGGGCUCGGGCUCCGUGGCGGCGGAGAGAGCUCACUGAACAGUGGUACUUCAAGUUGGGGGACUUCCUCUGGAGGCAACUCGAACAAUAACAACAACUCAGGCUCUUCAGCUGGAGGCUGGGGAGGGAACAACCAAGGACAAGGCAACACUGCAGCCGCACAGAACCAGUGGGGAAACAAUAACAACAGUGUAAGCAGGAACACAGGGAGUGGAGGUUCUAGUCAGGGGCCCAGCGGACAGCAAAACCCAGGCAGUACGAAUAAAGGCAGCAACGCACAGUCUGGUCAGCCUCCAUCUCAGCAGCCCCCACCAUCUCAGGCUACAUCCUCGCAGCAACAACAGCAGCAGCAGAAUGGCUCAACAUCUUGGGCACAGGCAGCUGGCAAGGGACUACCAGCCAAUCAACAGCCCAGUACUGCGGGAGCCAACAGCAGCAGCAGCAGCAGCAAUAAUAACAACAAUCCAGGAACUGGAAAUAGUGGCAGUUCUGUAGCUGGGGCCUCUGGAGCAAACAGCAGUACUGGGAACAGCUCAACCAAGCAGCAGUUGGAGCAGUUGAACACAAUGAGAGAAGCACUUUUUAGUCAAGAUGGAUGGGGGGGUCAAUAUGUGAAUCAGGAUACUGGGUGGGACAUUCCAGCCUCUCCGGAACCUGGUGUGAAAGACGGUGUUCCAGUCUGGAAGCCAAAUGUGAACAAUGGUACAGAUUUAUGGGAAGCAAAUCUCCGUAAUGGUGGGCAGCCACCUGCAUCACAGACUCAAAAAACGCCAUGGGGACAUACCCCUACAUCUAACAUCGGUGGUACAUGGGGUGAGGAUGACGACGUUGGGGAUAGCUCAAAUGUGUGGACAGGUGUUCCAUCCACCUCACAGCCAUCUGUGAGCCAGUUCGGAGGUGGAGCAGGUGGAGCAGGGUCGAAUUGGGGUGAUCCCCGUGAUCCACGCAGUGAUCCUCGCGGAAUGGACCCACGUGAUCCUAGAGAUCCUCGCAAUGUUGGAGCAAUUGAUCCUCGUGAUCUGCGAGGAGAUCCACGUGAUGCUAGAAGUGGUAUGAUGGAUCCACGAGAUCAUAUGCGCGGUGUGCUAGAUCCAAUGCGUGGAGAUGUUGGUAUGCGUGAUCCACGAGACAUUCGAGGGAUUGGAGACAUACGCGGAGGGGAUCCAAUGCUACGAGGAGACCCACGGGGUAUCAGUGGCCGCCUGAAUGGCGGGAGUGAUGCAGGAAUGUGGGGCCAGCCACCCCAGCCUCCACAUCAUCAUGGACCACACCACCAACAGAGCCAACCCCCUGGCAAGAUGGUUGGGCCUGGUGGAGUUUCUGGCAGUGGUGUGAACCAGUGGGUAGGUCCACCACCAAAAGAUAUUAAUAUGGCUGGUGCUGGGUCAAAUAAAACAGGCUGGGAGGAGCCAUCACCUCCUGCCCAGCGACGCAACAUACCAAAUUAUGAUGAUGGCACUUCACUGUGGGGGAACCCUGCACAACAACAGGGCAGGAUGGGAGGCAAAGUGUCCCACUGGAAAGAAAUGCCGACGCCCAGUAUGGGACGUGGUGGCAUGCAGUGUCCUCCAGGAAUGCCACAGAACAGGAUGCCAAACAAUGGUUCGGGCAAUAUGAAGCCUGAUGGAGGUCCACUGUGGGGGCAUGCUCCAAGGAAUGGGUCCUGGGCUGAUGGGCCCCACGAAGCAGUAAAUUCUGGUUGGGGCGAUGAUGCAAAGACUGGUGUAGGAGCUGUAAACUCUUGGAAUGAACAGCCUCUCACUCCCACCUCUUGGGCAGGAUCGAAGCCAAAGAACUCUCUGAACCCGGGCUGGGUGGAUGGAGACCUUGAGGCCUCAUCAUGGGGGCACACACCUAAACAGGGUCCAAAGCCUGUAACAAAAGAAUUUGUUUGGGGCAGCAAGCAGUUCCGAAUCCUUGCAGAAAUGGGUUACAAGAAAGAGGACGUUGAGAGCGCGUUGCGUACUAGCAACAUGAACUUAGAGGAUGCUAUAGAACUCUUGAACCAGGGGCGGCUCAAUGUGGAGACGUGGCGUAGGCACGAAGAUCACUCGCCAUUUGAUUUACCCUCAAGUCACCCUGGUGCAGGAUUCCCUGGACAGAGAUUCAACCCAGUUCCUCAGCAGAUGUCAUUUGCCCCACCUGGUCCUGGAGUGAACAAUGCUCCUAGUCUCCUUAACAACCAAAGUGCUAGUCUGGCCAGUAUUAACAACAUCAGUCCUGCCAUUGUGCAGAAGAUUAUUGCUCAGCAGCCCCCUCCACAGCAACCGCCCACACAGCAGCAGAAUGCAUUUAACCAGGCACCUCGCCCACCACAGAACCAGCCUUCAACUGCCCAGCUUAGAAUGUUAGUGCAACAGAUACAGAUGGCUGUGCAGGCUGGAUAUCUCAAUCAUCAGAUCCUGAACCAACCACUGGCACCUCAGACCCUGAUAUUGCUGAACCAGCUGCUGCAGCAAAUCAAAGUGCUACAGCAGUUGAUGCAGCAACAAGCCGUGGUCCAGGUGCAGCCCUUGAAGGGCGGCUCCUCUAAUGCGGUACUUCACAUCUCAGUGCAGAUCACCAAGACAAAGCAGCAGAUCUCUAAUUUACAGAACCAAAUAGCAUCACAGCAGGCAAUAUAUGUCAAGCAGCAACAACAGCAGCAACAGCAACAUCAUAUGACACCUCAGGGCCCACAGCCAGACUUCUUCAAGCCCAACGUCCACGACCCACUGACUCAAAUUCAGGCCAAUUUUGGAGAACUGAACAUCAAGGAGCCACCGCAACCCACAUUCCAGGGACAGCAGUCUCGCCUUACUCAGUGGAAGCUUCCGUUAAUUGGUGACAAGGAAGGAGACAGUGGAAGUAACGAAUUCAGCCGUGCACCUGGCACAACAACUAAACAGUCGAUGCCUCAGAGUCACUCCUCCCCCAACAUAAACCCACUCGGUUUGGGUCAGACAGAUGCUACAUGGUCAACUGUGAGUCGCUCAAAUUCGGAUGGAUGGCCAGAACCCAGCAAUGAUGGCGCAGGUCAGCCCGAUAACAAAGAUUCCUGGCCAGUGACCACACAGUCUAGUUCAGCUGCCUUCACAGAUCUUGUUCCUGAAUUUGAACCUGGAAAACCUUGGAAGGGGACUCAAAUCAAGAGUGUGGAAGAUGACCCCAGCAUCACACCCGGAUCAGUUGUUCGUUCUCCUUUAUCUCUGGUCACGAUUAAGGACACUGAAAUAUUCAAUGCUAGUGGCAGUAAGACGUCACCAACUGUUAGCUCUGCAGUUGAUACCACAAUUCCUCCAUUGAGUCUGCCGACAUUGUCAUCAUCAACGUGGACCUUCAAUCCUCCUGUCUCCACGCCUUCUUCAUUCACAAGUCCACUUGGCAAGUUGGGUGGUUCAAAGGGCACAUGGGGUGAGGCACCCCCUCCAACUGUGGUAACUAGUGAGCUUUGGGGUGCUCCAAUGGGCAAAUCCCGAGGACCACCUCCUGGACUUUCGAACAAGAACGCACCUGGAAAUGCUGGCACUGGUGGUAACAGUGGAGGUGUAAGUGGUGGUGGAAAUAGUAGCAACGGUUGGGGCAGUGCUGCAGGAUCUGGAGGUGGCAACAGCGGCGCAGCUGCCACUGUAACAGGGGGAGGUGGCCGAUCAACCUCAUGGGGCAUCCAGGGUUCUGCUGCAGCCACCUGGGGGUCCACCUGGCUCCUGCUCAAGAAUCUCACCCCACAGAUUGAUGGGUCAACUCUCAAGACUCUGUGUAUGCAGCAUGGUCCGCUGCAGAGCUUCCACUUGUACCUGAAUCACAGCAUUGCACUUGCCAAGUACUCCAGCCGCGAGGAAGCCAACAAGGCUCAGGGUGCACUGAACAACUGUGUACUGGGUAACACAACCAUCUUUGCUGAGUCUCCAGGAGACAGCGAUGUACAUUUGAUUCUCCAGCACUUGGGUCAUGGAGCUCAGCAACAGCCCCCUAGUGGCUCAACUGCUGGUUGGAUGCGUGGUGCUUCCAACCCAUCUGUAGGUCCUACUGGUGCUUCCAAGGGAACUCCGUCAUCUGACACUUGGGCACCAGGUGGCAGUCAGUUGUGGAACCCUAACCCAUCAUCUAGCUCAUUGUGGGGUGCAGCCCCACUGGACACCAGCGGAGACCAGCACCGUGCCACCCCUUCCUCUCUUAACUCCUUCCUACCAGGGGACCUCCUUGGGGGUGAGUCCAUGUAAAGCAGGUAUGGUAGGAGACUUGCAAACACCAGUAUAAUACAAAGUACCUAAAGAUGUUGCCAUUUUGUGAGUCAAAACUCAUUGUAUGUGAUUGUGUCAGGGGAUUAGGCUAUGGAGCUCGAUAGCUAUGGUGUCAUUAUACUAAAUAGUACCUAAGGCAUUAGAUAGGCACACAUAGAAAGUGCAAUAUGGCAGUUACAGACACAGAAUGCAACUGCUCAGUUCUGUUGCUGUUUUGUCUUGGAACAUAACAGUAAUCAUAGCAGGAGGUGAGUAAGUAAGUCUGAAUAAAGUAAAGAAGGUAAUGUGCUUUGCUGUACUAAACGGGUACUUUUCAUUUGUAAAAUAUGAAUGUUUGUGUUCAAAUUUGUGAAGAAGAACGGAAGAGAGGCAGUUAAUGCAAAUAUAUUGAACAGAAACUUACUCCAGGAUAAACGACAGUUUUCAAGUGGCAAAUCACAAAGCCUGUCAGACUUCUUACAAACCAUGGGCUAUGUCAGAAAGAAUACCAAUCCAAAGCAAAGUUUUGGAAUAUUUGUGACAGUCUCUCGUCUAGUGUGCGAGAGGGUAUAUCUCCGCACCUGUGAUCUCAACUUCCUAUGUAAAAAUGGCUGCUUUUUCCUGUUUUAAUUAUGUCAUUUAAUAAUUAAAGGAACUUGGGAAGAGCAAGGCAUUUUUUAGUAUUUCUUAAAACUAAAUCAGACUGCACGUCGAGUAUUGAGUAACACAAUAUAUUGUAAAGUAGAUAUAUGAAGUAUCUGAUGUCCAAAAAGUAACGUGUUCAAUUUGUAUUUAAUAAUUUAGAAAUCAAAGGAUAUUUUCAUUAUAACUCACUUCCAUCGUAUCACAAUGCAUCACGAAAAUCAACAAUAAUAAACAAAAACAGGAUGAGAAGAGAGAAGGAGAGAGAGAGGUAUGGAGUUGGAGAGAUACCAUGAUGGAGUUGGGUGAAACUCAAGAGCUUGCAUCCCUGCCGGCCAAAAUGGAGUCUCAAGUAAUACUUUGCAGUAGAAGAGGAACAAAACAUAUUGUAUUUUCAACUGUGCUGUGACUUCCCAGUGGCUUUGUUUUUAUUUUAAAAUAUGAUAUGCAGAAACUCAGAUUUUUUCUCUCCAGUAUAAAAUAGCUCUCUCCUCAUGAAAGUGAAACUGGUGCAGAGUGUAAGCCAAUUAGCCACCAGACCUGCUGCUCUUGGGGGGGGGACAAGUUGUAACAUUGAAGCAGGGUUGGUAACAAAAAUGGUUCCAAACAUUUGAUGAUGAUUCUAGGAUCAUUCUUUUUAAAUGCCAAUUGUAGUAUAUGUAAGUCUAAUAAUGAUAAUGUGUAUUAGAAUCGUGGUAAAUGGGAUGUAGGUUUUGUGCUUAACUCUUGCGUUUGUACUUUUCCUUCUCAGCCAAUCGUGUACCAAAUGAUAAAAUGAACACAAAAUAGGUUUUAUCUAGUUUUUAAGGCUAAGUUAAGUCAAUAGUUUGUAAAGUUUUAAAUAAGGUAUUUAGGUAAUAAGUGAAAAAAUUAAAAUGGUAAAAAAAAAUACAACAAAGUGCAUUCUCCUAAGAAAAAUGUAGUUGACACAAGAUUACAUAUACACAACACACACAUCAAUGAGUUAUUGCUGCAUCCUUAAAUAAAUGUGAUAUAUAAUUAUCUAUAAGUAACCUGUGCAAACGUGUCAAUUUUUGUGAACUGUGUUUAAUAAGAUGAAUGUGUGUGUGUUUUUUUGGGGUGGGCAGGGGCGUUCUUUUUCUUUUUGGAUGGUAAUGAAGUUGAACAUUGGAAGGUCACGUAGGAAGAGUGGAUCAGUGAUACGUACAUAACUUUCCUGGCUGUUUUUCAAUGAUAAAGAAAUAUAUAUAGCUAUAUAUUAACAAGUACAUAUAUAUAUAUCUAUUACAUAUAAUACUUUUUUUUUUUAAGAAAGAAGAGUACAAGUGUUCAAGUCAAGUUUUUUUGUGGGGGGGGGUCUCUCGACAGAAAAACCUCUCUCUCGCAUUUUGCUCGGGUUUUUGGUGACAUUUUACCGAGUUGGCUUAGAGAGCAGGAGGGUUUUCCUGAUUGAUAUAUUAAAAAAUCCAGUCCAUCCUUGCCUUGUUUGCUUUUUAAUUGUAGUGUGCAAGUGGAUUGAGGGUGUAUGGCUGAGAUAUCAUUUUUCGAAUGGAAUUUGUCUCUUGGAAAAUACCUCUGUGACCAAACAUAUUGUAUAUAUACACACAUAUAUAUAUAUAUAUGCGGUCUUGUGAUGCAGUUAAUAUGAAUUGUUCAAGAAAGUCUGUCUUACAUCUAUGUCUUUUUAUGUGUGGACAAAAUUAAAUAGUGUUCAUUAUUUUGAAAAAUGAAUGAUAAUGAAAGUUGUUGAUAUAAACUCUGCAGUGGUGUAGUGGCUCAGCUUUGUAAUCUCUCUGAAGUCAAACCAGAUGUAGACAUAGGAGAUCCCAAUGAAACGAUAUGGAAAUAGAAACCAUUGACUUCCUGGUGGAACAUCAGCUGUGUCAAGUUAUAACAUGUUAAUAUUUUCCUUACUUUCCAGUAUUUUAUGAUGAAAAUGAAAGUGCCACUUGUGUGUGUAUGUGUAUUAACAUGCAGAUGUGUUCUUUUUUUAUGAUCAAGAAGAGAGAAUGUGUUACAAAAACAUAUUUAAAAUAAAAAAAAGAGAUAGAAUAUUGUAGUUGAAUAUGAGCCAUAUCAAUUGUCUAAAUAUGAUUGAUAAUAAUUAAAUUAAAUGACAAAUUUGAAAUAACUUUUUUAAAAAAAGUUGAAGUAAUAUUCUUAUGACAUACAAAAAGUGAGAAGGUGUGUAUAGAACAAAAUAAAGAUUAAAGUCUGCCAAAAUGUUAGAUAAAAAGUUGGAAAGAACUCUCUAUUUGCAUAGUUGGUAGGCAUGUAUUACUAAUAACAGGUGUGUGGGUGUGUGAGGAUGCUGUAUUGACCAAAUCAUUUGUGCUCCACAAUUUUAGAUUUAAAAGAAAAUGAAAUCCCUAAAUGCUGAAGGUUGUUAGAUGUGUUGGCCAGCCUUAAUAGGGUUUAUGAUAUUUCUUCCAGUGAUCUUAAAAGAAUAAUGUAUAUUAUUAUUAUUAACUUAUAAUAACCAGAUUAAUCACAAGUAUCCUUAACUUAAACAAAUGUUAUAUUAGAGUUAUUGUGUUGGCUUUUUGCAUAUAUGUGUGGGUGUGUUUAAAAAAAGAGCCUUCCAAAUGAAAUUGUGCAUUACUCUGUUAAAUGUAAAAUUAAUGCUGAUUUCUUGAGGAUAGCUGGGUUUAGUGGGUUUUAAAAAUUAGGUUCAUCUUAACUGUACAGAUAGUUUUUGUGAUAUAGUGGGUAAUUGUUUGGGUGGUAUUUUGUAGGAAAGGUUUCCCUUAUCCAUACAUGCAAAGUUUAUUCUUGUUUUUCAGUUAUUAGCGUUACUUCUGUUCAUGUUUAUUAUUACUGCUGACUCUGCCCCGCAGUUCUUUUAAAUGAACCAUAGUUACGCCAAACUGAAUGCUGCUGUCAGUCUGCCAACAUUACAAGUAUUUAUAAUCGACACAUUACUUACUUAGAGGAAGGAAGUUUUGAUUCUCACAGUUGGCAGGUCUAAUUCUCUUCAUGAUACAUGAAUGGGAUGUUUCCUACUUUUGUGACAUGUUCUGUUACUUCAGAUUUUUUUUUUAUAUACGUUGUGUACAAGUACUAAAAUUGAUAGCUCAAAACUGAGGUUACAAACAUGAGCGUCUUGUCCCAGUAAGUUCCUGGGGCAAUACAAAAUCGAUAGCUCAGAACUGAGGUUACAAACAUGAGAGUCUUGUCCCAGUAAGUUCCUGGGGCAAUACAAAAUCGAUAGCUCAAAACUGAGGUUACAAACAUGAGCGCCUUGUCCCAGUAAGUUCCUGGGGCAAUACAAAAUCCAAAAUGCACAUCAACAUAGCAUUAUCUCCAUAUAGGCUACAAAGUGUAUGCAUGUAUAUUUGCACAUGCGUACAUACGUACGUACUCAUACGUUCUUUCCUAAUAUAUCUCUCUUGAACAGUUUUUAAAAUUGUGGUUUGGGAUAACUGUAAUAAUGUACUUGAGAGUUUAAAGUUUUUAUUUUGGAUUCUUGCAUGGUUUGAUUGGUAUAAAAACUUAAACGUGAACACUAAGUCAGGAUGUGUAUAUAUAUAUAUAUAGUCGGAUUUUAUAUUAUGAGAUAGAAGUAUAUAAGUAACAUUUUUUUAAUGCAUCAUGAUGGUGAGCAGCACUAUAUCAUCAUAUUAGUAUGAAAUGUGUUGUGUUUGUAGAAAUGUGUACCAGUUAAUAUAUAACAAUGUGUAGUGUUAGUGAGUUGAAUGCUCGACCAAUCAUUUAAGCACAGCAGUUACAUGCCAGUCCUGCAAAUGAAUGGUCAUGCAGAUGAAAUUGUUGAAAAUGUUUGUAAUUGUUAAUGGUAUGUAGGAACCGUGUACGGCCACUGCCAUUCCGGUUUUGUGUCAUUGAACAAGAACUGCAUUGUUUCUGCAGUUCAAGAUGUGUAUCCUUGUUUGUUACUGUAAUGUUGACAUUGGCAGUACUGUUUUUCUGAACGGCAUAGUGAUUUGAUAUUGUUAAGUUGGUAGUGGCACGAACACACUGCAUUAACAAGAAGACUGGAGGUUGUUAGUUUAGUUCAUAUUGUGUUUAUACCAAAGAUAGGCUUAACAAGGUAAAACGAAAUGGAUUAUGACUUUGAAUAUUAAAAGUCAUUCAGAUCUUGUCACUAGAGAAUGACACUUGAAAGUUUCUUCCACUUUAAAAUUUUUCUCAAUUUGAAACAGUAUAUUUUAAGUGUACUGGAAAGGAAAGAUGUCCCAUGCUUCUAAAGGGGUUGUGAGUUAAGAGCACAAAUUAAGUUAUUUUACCAUGUUUACUGGUUUUUCUAUCCCCCCCCCCCAGUCAAAAUGUACACAUGGAGUGAUGGUUUUGACAUUACUAAAAUCAAGUGCCUUCGUGUAUGUGAGUGAGAGUGCAUGAUAUUCCUUUGAUUUCAGUUUGAAUUAGAGCAGGGUUAGUGCAAUGUGAUGUAGGAAGCUUCAUUCUAACUGCCGAUGUUCAAUUCUCAGGUGAAGGUGCUUGUAAAUAUGUUCCAUUGCUUUGUCUGACUUUGUGUGGGGAAAUAUCACUGUGAAUUUAUGAGUGUGUAGGAAAUUAUGUAAUUGUUUUAUUUAUUAUGUUUUUCUCUCCCUUUCACAGUUUUGUCAUUCUAUUUUGUGCCCUUGUUAUAGAAUGAAGUCACUUGAUUCCACAAAACAAAACUGUAUAUUGUUAAUUAUUAAGUUACGUAUAUUUUUGGUGUGGAUCUGUAUAGAAAUUGUGAACAGUAAUGUAGCUGUGAAAUUAUUGCUCAUUGACUGAACUUGUGUAUAGAAAUCACCAUUUACUCCAGAAUAGAAUAUUUGUAAGAAGUUGAACUUGGUAUCGGUGCUUGGAGUUUGAUGAUUAGAGACACCGGUUGACACUUGCUUGGAAUGGAACUUUGUCUUGAGCAGUGUUUUCUCUUUCUGGAAAAGCUCCACGUCUGGAGCACUGAUGGACCCCCUGCAUUGCAGCUUGAAUUCCCAUUACUCUCUGUAAAAAACAGUGUUGAGUGAUAUUUAAUUGUUCCUUUUCUUGUUUCCGAAGACAUUAAAGAGAAUAUGGAAUGAGGAAUUAGUAACAGAUGGGUAGAAAAAGUAUUCUUUGCCAUGGUUGAAACAGAACUGUGCCUUACGGGUGAUAGGAAAUAUGGUUUGGAGGGGUUGAAAAGGGUGGGGGUGAGGGAGUUACAUUAUAUGUCCCAUUUGUGUUUCAAGUCCCUGUACAAAACCUGUGACAUUCCGCUGGGUGAGGUCUCGAUUUCAGUGCUACAGUGUGGCCUUAAAAAGUCAUGACACAUUACUUCUCUUGACCAUGUCCAUCCAGAUUUCAAUAUUGCAUAGCUACUUGAUUGGUUAUCCUAAAAAUAAAAAUACGAAAAUGCGGUUCAUGUGAGACCUCAGGGAAAAGUGCAAGAGCCUUUUUGAUUGUGCUAGUCAGGGCCAGUUGGAUGACAAGUUGUCAGUUAUGUGCCUCAAUUUUGGAACAGAGAAGCACUGUAUUUAAUUUGGUUUCCUGUGACAGUGUAUUACAUGUCAGCCCUAAUAUUAAUUUCCUUACAUGGUUUAAUUCAAUGAAACUUGAGUAUUGUAACUACCACUUUUAAGUUUAUCAGUACUUUACCAGUCACUACUUAGUACUGAAAACUGUGUUACCGAUUUCAGACUUAAAGACAACGGCAAACGCCUGUUGAUUUUGCUUGAAAAUGGCCAAAACGAGAUAUCCUACCCUUGGAAUUCUGUUACAGCAGAAAUUUAAUUGGGUGGAGACAAGAAGCUUGCCAUCAGGAAAAAGACUAGUAAUUUAACAUAUCACACCAAAUCGCCAAGACGAAAAGUAUUCUAGUGGCUCUCUAGCCAAGUCUGGUAAUGAGAUUAUUUCAGAUGUGAGACAGUGAGAUCAAAUGCAGUCUUCUGUUGGAGAUGUGCGGAAUGUCUCGUUUGCUUUUUACGCUUAAAAUAUAUAUGUGAUGGAUUUAGGGGCUCAGCAGCAGCAGCUCCAAAACAUGUACUGUAGUACUUCAUAAAAAUGUGUUCAGAGGUCACAAAGCAGAGUGAGAACUAUAGGAUGCUAUUCUAAAACACCAGUGGACAUAUGAUUGGACAUAUUUGAAUAAGCAAAAAGAAUACAAGGUAGAACGAAGUCAUCUUAACAUAUAUGACGUAACAUUGUGUGCCAGACGCAGUAAUGUUAUUAAACACUGUAUAUAAGAGUAAUAUCCAGGAAUGCCUUGUAACUUUCCAUUUUGUGAUUUUGAACUGUGAUGUAUUUGAUUUAAAUCUGUAACAUCUUGCCUAGAAUUAUGCUUUUUUUAAGUGCAGGCUUAACAAAACAUUCAUAAUAAAAGAAAUAUUGGUUGUGAAUUUUUUUUCCCCCCAGAUAUUUCAGAUUUAAAUAAAAUGCAUUAUGUGACAUUAUGUAGCCAAGUUACACCUCUAAAUAAGCAUUUAUCAAAUGUACGUAACCAUCAUGGUUUGCUAAUGACAGCCCCUUUUCAAUAAUAACUGUAUUUUGUAACAAAUGAAACAUAAUAGAAAAAUAUCUGUGUAGAGUUUUGUGAAGAUGUAGGUCUAGUGUAUGGUGCUUAUUGAUGUAAGACCUUCCCAUGUGAUAAGCCAUUGCACCAAUUGUCUGCCAGCAUUAAGAGUUCAUGUGGGUUAGGAAAAAAAUCAUGUGGGUGAUGGGUAAUGUACCUGAGACAUAAUUAUAGAAUCGUUCUUUUUUAAAAUAAACAUUCUACUGUAAUGUAAACCAAAUCGCAAUUAAUGUCAGAAUAAUGCAUCCCAAAUUUAUUUUAUUUUUAAAGACAUCAUCACAGCUCUCCUGCCUGCCAAGUACAAAAGAUUGUUUUUGCUAGAUAUUUGGCAGCCUCAACCUGCAAUACAUGCUGACUGUGUUGUUCAUUACAUGUUCCUUCUAUCGUAUAGCUUUGAUUUAGCUCUGAUAAUUAUUUAAUUCUACUUGAAUGAAAUUUAGUUUCUGUCAUGUGUUGUUACACAGUUUAUUGUUGCCAAAGUGAAUUAUUUUUCUGUGUUAGGCUUUUGUAGAAAAGAUAUUAUUUUUCUUGUUCGGUGUUGUUAGGGGAGAGAACUUAUUAUUAUGGCACACAUCAACAAUCUGGUCAGUCGCCUGCUGUCCUCCAAGUACGUAUGGAAACCCACUAGAAAUUUGUGCAGGCCCGAUUUGGAUUUUCAAAAUAAUUUUUGGCUGUGGGUAUGUUGAAAGAUAUUGCAUAGAGCAGUAUUGUAUGUCAUAAGAUUUUAUGUUCUGUGAAACUUAUCAACUUGGUGACCCAUCUUGUUUAUAGAGGUGGAUUCACAUUUUUUUGCUUUAGCAUUGCACUUGAAUAGCAGAUCGAAGAGUUCCGUCUUUUAGGAAAUAACACCAUAUAGUUCAGUGAAAGUUGACUGACAUUUCAGAGGGACGUAACACCUCCAUCUUCUGGGCUGAAGUAUAAAUUAGACAAGCAGCACAAAGAGUAAGUUGCUUGUGGAAAAUUGGGAAUUUUAUGUAUAAGUAGGCAGGAACCUUAAAGAAAAUGUCUAUUGUCAUUGCCACUAGCAGAACAGUAGGGUGAACCAACAGGAGAUGAGAGUCAAUAGGUAGAAUUCUGAAAAGAGCCAGAGGUGCAGGUAUGGUGAGCAGAGAACAAAUUUUCAGGGCUCACACUGGUUACACUUCUCUUGUCUGCUGUCGGAUCACCCAGUUACUCAGAGCCAUUGGGAACUUAAAUGUUGGCUUACAGUUUCCCUUAUUUUUGCAUAAACUCAGGUUUUCUACAGGUGAUUUGCUGUGCUUGCUGUCUGCUUCAUGUUGGUUGCUUGGAUUAUUCUGCAGCCCUGAAAAUGAAGGUGGUAUGUUCCUCUGAAACAUUAACCUGUGGACUUUCACCAUGCUACACAGUGUUACAUCCCAGAAGAUGAACUCUUCAUAACCAAUGGUGUGAGAACUACAGAUCCCUCAAGUUUCAAAUUGUCUUCCAGUUUAACAUGAUUUUGCAAAUUUAUAUAGACUGCUGGUCUAACCUGUUCAAUUGUUUGAAGAAAUUUCAUUACUCGCCAGUUCUGUGUGAAGCCCUUAUUGAGCAAUGUAUCUUCUGAUAAUUUAAAGUGCAUAGUAGCGGCGUCUGGCUGGUGACACGUCAUAAUUAUGAGUUAGGUGCUCCCCGUGAUCUGAAGGAGCUAUUCGAGAAUGUAGCACAUCAUACAUUGAUAUUGCUGAGGGGGGGACUUGCCCUGCAAAGUGGGCAUUGCAAGGUGUGGCUUCUUCCUCUGAUUUGUGCUGCACUCUGUCAUCUGAAUUUGUAGGGAUCAGUAUUUAGGACUAUCUCACUUUUGUUUAGCACUUUGUCAAAGAGACUCCAAUCAAGUAGGAGUGUAUACACACUUCCAUGUAAUAUACACACAAUAUUACCUAUUGAAGCGCUUUGUAGAUGUAGAACAACUUGUAAGCUAUUGGUGCUGUCAAUUCAUUGUUUCUUUUAUCAAUAUUAUUAAUUAUAUUCUGUGUCAUGGGUAAGUUCCUCAUUUUUCCAGUGGGGUUUCAAUGUUGUUAUUCCUUAUUGUUUAGAUAUUGAUGCUGAUAUGAGCUUUCUUUUGUUUUCUUAUUAUGCAGUGUUACUUCCCCCUCCCACUCUUUUAAGACAGAUACAGUUGGGCAUUUAGUUGAAAACAAAUUCUAGGAAUCUCAAAAAUCAAAAUUUCCUCUGUGUAGGUCAUCACAGGGUCACACUCUUGUGGCCGUGUUUUCUGAAACGCACCUUUAUGCGUUUUCAAGUGCCAAACACUUUUAUUUUGUAGUUAUGUCACAUAACAUGUUGUAUUUAAAAAUGUUUUAAUUUUUAAAAAAGAUAUAUAUUAUGUGUUGCACUCUGCCCAUAAUGUAGCUGGGAGAGAUUUUACCAUUUUAGUAUAUAAUAUAUAUAUAAAUAUAUUUUUUUUGGAGCUAUGCAAAUUUAACAUCUCUGACAAUCGUAUUAGUGUACUAUUCCAUUAUUACUAUUAUUAUUUUUAUUUAUGUUUGGAUAUAAAGUAAAUACCAUUUUUUAUAUAUUGUAAUUCCAGUUUCCAGACUUAACCUUUAGUAUUUCUUAUGAAAACAUAGCAGUAUUGGAAUUUAAUUGUAUCAUAAUGAAAUGAAAAUUUACCAUAGCAGACUGACCUCUGACAGCUUCUUUCCAUGUCAGUACAGAUUCCAAAAUUUAUGGCGACUGUUGUGAUGUUUCAUAUCUUUCAUAGCAUUGCUUGUAGUGGAAGUCCUUGCUCUGUGGUUUGUAGUGCUGCAAAAUGUCAUUGCAAUAGCAUUUGGAUUGCAUGAUGUAUCAGGCAAGAUACCCAAUAUGUAGUGUGGAUUUUAACCCCUUCCUCCCACAUUAUGUUCAUAUUCUAAGUAUUUGCUCAUAGGUCAAACUGUGUUCAAAACAUAACUUGUUGUCUGGGUGAUAGCCGGGACAUUUAGUAUAUAGGGGCAAUAGACGGCAUCAAAUUUUGUACAGUGGUUCUGGACCUCUCUGCUGAUAUCCCUGAUACGGAAUUUCCCCUGCUGUUGCAUAAUAUUAUUAUGUAUUUGUAUUCAUUGUAGUAAUAUCAACAUACUAAUUCUGUCGGCUUAUAAGUAUGGUGUAUUACUAAAUAUAAAGUAUAGAUAUUUCUGAUGUUGUGUUUUUGAUGUAGAAAUAGCAGUAAUUAAUAUAUGAGGUGAAACUAAUAUAAACCAUGCAAGACUCCAUGUCACUGAGUUCUUUGUUGCAGUGUUUGUUUCAGUAUAAAUGUUUGCUGGUCAUGAAAAAUCGGGAUUCCAGUUGAUUUUUCAUUACAUUUUGAGUUGCUUAUGGAUAAGUUCCAUUGUCAUUGAUUCAGUUUUUUUAUCUCCGAGUUUGGACAGUAUAAUUCCCUUAUGAGUCAACAUGUUGCUCAGGGUAAUGUAAAGCUUUCAUGUGAUCUGUUUAAGGGGAAGCAUUUCAGUUUUUAUUUCCGGAGGUGUGUGUAAUACCCAAAAGCAUUGAGUUUGACAGUGGUACUUUUUAUUUCAGUAGUAGUACAGCAUUAAGUACUGUGUAAUAUUGUGGGCUUCUUGUUAAUGGGGGGGGAUAGCAAGAGAAUAUAAGUAAAAAUUAUACAUAUAUGCAAAUUAUGUAGAAUGGUGUACAUUGUGUGUAUUAUCCCAAUAUAGACUAGUACUAGAGGUACAAUGUUUUGAACAAAUGCAAAAAGAAAACAAAACAAUAAACAUCACACAUUUCUGAAUCCACUCUGUGUUCCACAAUUUAUAUAAUGAUGAAUAAUUGUAUGUAAUCUCAUGAUUGUUGUAUGGACAGUUGGCAUGACCACAGCACAGUAUAAUAUCAUCAUCAUCAUGGAUAUGAAGUAACAUAUGCUAAAUACAACUUGACGAGGCCUAACUGGUGUGUGUCUUUUUGGUUUCUCACAUCAAGAGUUCGCACUUAAUGCAGGGUGAACAAAACAUUUACAUUAAGUUGACUAGAAGUGUUUUUCUUUUUUUUCCUUGAUGUUAAUCACAUGGAAAGUUACUGUUUUAAUUGGCAAAUGCUUGCUGUGCCAGUAACCAUGGAAUUGUUGCUUCUACUGUAGAACUUCGAUUUCUACAUACAGGAUAGAAUUACAAAUUGUACUUAAUUUUAACAUACAAGUUAAAUGGCUUUUAAAUUGCAACUUUUAUACACAUCUUACAAUUGGAGAAUACUUGUGUGAUUCUGUGAUUGUAUUAUCACUGGACAUAUCUUAAUGAAACAUGAGAUGACAGAAUCACUGUUUCAGAAUAUUUAUGCUGCAGUUUGUCCAUGUUUGCUCACAAGAUGACAAUACCACUUUUCUGCCUUUCACUAUUGAAACUUUCUUUUUGAGAUUUGUCUGACAUACAUACUGAAAUGCAAGAAGCUCAGAUUCACAAGAAAUAGUUGUAUGCAGCACAGUGUAACAACUGUGUGAGAGGAACAUAUCUGAACAUGAAGAUUAAGAGGAAUAGAAGCAUUCAUUUUCCAUAAAUUACUGACAUUUUAACUGAACAUAUCUAUAAGUUAGAAGGUUUUCAUGAUGGUGAGUGUUCAUAUUGUGGUCUUCUGGGCUCUCUUACUGUGUAGCCAUCGAAGUGAAUGUCUGUGUUCUGGGGAGGCAGCGUAUUCCUCUAAGAUGUUUGGUGUUGACUUUGAGUGCAGAAGACCACAAUCUGGAUGUACUAAUCUUGAGUGCAGUAAAUUGCGUUCUUUUUAUAUUUUUACAGAGAAUAAUACUGUAAGAGGUAAUUUGAAUAAAGGUGUGACUUAUUUUAUGUAAGGGAAGGAAACUAAAUUGGAAUUUCAUCUUAUUCCUUGAACUGUCAAAGAGAAGUCUUUCUAUAGAAUCUUUGGACUGAGCAAUUACUAGUUAACUUGCACAAUUUGCUACAGGUUUUGGUAUGCUAAUAUUCUGUUCUUCUGAAUUUUGGCCAUUAAUUUCAGUUUAUAUUAUGUACAGUCACUUCUCAUUUUAUGUGGUUUUGGUGUAAAAGUACUGAAGGAUAUGCAGCACUUUUUAGUUUAUGUGAUUAAAUUCUACUUCACACAAUUUUGCGAUCAAAAACAGGUUGCCUGUAUAUGGCUGUGGACUGAGAUGAUACAAAAUCUGAAAUAAAAUAACUAAGCAAAAAAAUGUAUAUGAAUCAUUGUGUGUAAUCUCCAAGUUGGCUUGGCCUGUGUAUGGAACCCCCGUUUUCUUUUAUACAGAAAAUUGGCUCUUGAUUCAUGUUAUGUUUAAAAAAUGCAUCUACCAUGUCAACUGGGAAGUGACUGUAAUGUGAACAUUAUAAUAAAAAACAGGAAGUUGGUCAUAGUUGGUAGCAGUGUUCAUGAAAUGACUACCUCCUGGUGUGGCUGAAUGGCUAGGAAAGUGGCACUCAUGCAGCAGAAUUCAUAGGUUAAUCUAUUUGGAUGUGUCAUUGUGAACAUCUGUCGGUGUAAGGCUUUGGAAAGCAAUGAAUGUACAAAUUAUGUGAGAGUUACAUUAAACCAUUGUAAGGUCUGAGACAUGCAAGCUUUUGUCACCAAGUGGUAGACAUCUGUCAUGCAAGUGCAUUGAUUGAGCUACCAUGCUAAAAGCAUGUAGGAUCUACUCAUGAAACACUGUUCCAUGGAACUAGUCAUACCCAUAGUUUUCUGUGUUAACAAGUGAUGUGUCAUUUUGACUGUUCUGUCUGCAUUAAUACUCAGUUUAUGUUUAUGUGUAACUGUAGAACAGAUUAUUUCUUGUAGUGAUGUCACAGAAAGCUGCUUGCCAUGAUCCCUGUACUUAAUUCAGGCCUGUCAGUGGCAACAAUUCCUUGGCUGUUUGUCUUUUAUCAUGGCUGACCUUUAUCUGUAAUAAAAAGAGGUCAGAGAAACAUGUUGUGCCUAUACAAAAUAUAAGACAAAACUACCCUCCCCCUUCACCCCAGGAAAGGAAAUACUUUGGUACAUGAUGGAGUUUGUCAUUCUGAUGGUAUAUUCGUUUGUUGGAGAAUUUUGGGUUGUACUGAGGAGUGAGGUGAUGUAGAACAAUGAUGGUGGUAAAGUAUCUUGACAAAAACAAUCAAAGGUUCCUUUUUUUAAUGCUCCAUGGUGGACAAGCAGAUUAAUAAUGUCAGUAUUCUGUAAAAAAAGUUACAAACAUGGUUGUGUUUUGUUGCUUAGUUUGUGGAGCUAUUCCUAUAACUGCUGCAGGAAGAUGAGGUAUGUUGGCAAUAGUAUUUGUUACUGUAUAUUCUGAAUCAUAGCUGUAAACUUCCAUUGAGGAAAUAAAACAGUGAAGUUUAUUUUGGGAGUUCGAAUAAGAGUUUAGGGGACCAGGGUUGGUAAGCCAAAAUGAUAAUGGUGAUAAAAUGAUUUUUUUUUAAUAUUAAGAAUGAAAAUACAUAUUACAUGGUUUUUUGUCUUCAAAAUAUUCUUGUUUUCACUAUUGUACAUUGCAUCUAUUGUGGUCGAUUAGCAAGUGCUUUUAAACCAUUUAUUUAUACCAUCCUUAAUGUAAAAGACCAGUAUACAUUCAAUAAAGGUUGUCCUCAGUGUC